UUCCGGAAGUUGCUUUCUGAGGUAGCGUGCGGUCUUUGUCGGCUUCCACCAUGGCGUACCGUGGCCAGGGCCAAAAAGUACAGAAGGUGAUGGUUCAGCCCAUCAACCUCAUCUUCAGAUACUUGCAGAAUAGAUCUCGAAUUCAGGUGUGGCUUUAUGAGCAAGUGAACAUGCGGAUAGAGGGCUGUAUCAUUGGUUUCGAUGAGUACAUGAACCUCGUAUUAGAUGAUGCCGAAGAGAUUCAUUCUAAAACAAAAUCAAGAAAACAACUGGGUAAGAGUAUAGAUGGCCUUUGGGAACUGUGGAAAGUUUUAUUCAGUUGCAGAAUUGAAUGAGUUGCAACUCAGUCCAUGUUUAAAUUAAGUUUACAUUUGAAAAUUUACUGUGUGGGAGAGUAGUUCACUCUUGAAAUUCUCUGCCACUUACUGCUAACCCCACUCCCAUUUCUGCUUUUGUUUUUGCACUUAGCUCUCACCAAGGUCACCGAAGACAAAUGAUGUUAAAUCUACUAACGGUCAAUAUUAGUCUUCCUCAAACUCUGAACAGCAUUUGGCGCUGUUGGCCACUCCUACCUUAAAACACUUUGUUCCUUUGCUUCUGUGGUACUGUACUCAAAUUUUCACUUUUCAUUUCUGUUUAUUCCUUUUCAGACUUGUGUAUAUUUGUUCUCUGGGACCCAGCCAUUAAAUGUUUUGAGUUGCUCAAGACUUAGUUGUAGGUCCUCUUGUCAUUCCGUGUUACUUACCCAAGACUAUAUUUUCAAUUACCAUCUAUAUAUUGACCUCAGAUUUACCUCUGUAGCCCUAGACCUCUCUGAGCCUAUUCAACAUUUCUGCCUGAAUGUUUCAAAGACUCCUCAAAGUUAGCGUGUCAGAUUUCAAACUCACUUCCCUCCCCUUAACACACUCUUGGAGCUAUUUUAGUGUUCCCUGUCUUUCUGAAUGGUACCAGCCGCCAUUCACUUCACUGAUUGAUUUUUUUAUAACUACCUCAUCCCCCUCCAGUUCGCUCUUCAAGCCGCAGUUAUCUUUUAAAAGCACCAGUCUGACCUGGUCGUCCUUUUACUUGAAAUCCUUCAGUGACUUCCUGUUGCUAGGAGGAUAAGAAAAUCUUUAAUGUGUUCUGCAAGGUUCUUCAUGAUCUGGCCUUUUGCCCCCUGCUCGUUUUGUAUCACUCCGCUUCAUUUUUCUGAGUUUCAUCCAGCUUGUGUUCUUUCAUUUCUCUGAAUGUGCACAUUUGCCCCACUGUAAAUCUUUGUCUGUGCUGUUGCCUCUGUCUUUAGAUGUCAAAUGUCAAAUAUCAAGAGUUUGGUUUUGUUUCACUGGGGUAGGGAUGGGGGAGGCAAGAUGUGUUGUGCUCUCUGAAUGUGUAGUAGAACACUCAUUAGUCGGGUUAUUUUAUUAAUGUCUCUGUCACUGGGCCAGAUGUUCUAUAAGUCCUAUCUUUUUUGAUCCCUAAUAAGACUACUGCUUGAUUCAGUGCCUGCCAUGUAGUAGAAACUCAGAAAUAUUUAAAUAAUGAAAGCAAUUUCUUAACCCAGUUAACAAAAGAUCUUUAGGAUUCAUGACUUUAAGACAAACUGAGUCCUUUCUUUUAAAAAUCCUAUUCAUUUGGAGUUUAUUUGGAUACUUUGUUUUUAAUUGUUUAAUGCCCCAGUUCACAGCUUACUAGUCCUUAUAUCUGUGGUAGGUUUCAGGUGCCUCUUUUUCCCAAACCCUGAGGGUUCUCUUGAUCCUAAAGUAGAUAUGAGGAAAGUAGAAUCUUGAGAAGUGGCAUGGUGUUUUGCUAUGCUUCUUUCUCCUUGGGCUAUUUUUGUGACAGCCUGGAUUUUCACAAUUAAACUUGUCUUGCCACGAAGGGCAAACUAGCCUUAUUGACAUUCUAUUCUUUAUAAAUUAAUUGGAGAGUUGAAUUCCCAUGGUA